AAGAAACUUCCUCUUUACUUUGCUGGAAUAGCCAGCAGGCUUUUCUGCAGGGCAAAUGCUGGAGGAAUAUUUUUCUGCAUCUCUGAAGGCUCUGUACCCCUCUGUAGGAAGAGGGUGUGCCCAGGAACAAGGCUUGUGCCUUCCUUUCCCAACAGCCCCCUUAAGAUUUUUCUGCAUUUUCUUUCUUAGAAGGGAGUAAGUAAGUUCUGCUAGGAAGGGGCGUCUUUUCUCACCCAGUGGAAAACAAACCUGACAUUUCUCUCUUCAGUUGUAAUAUCCUAAUUAAGGAUCCCUGUUGAAGCGACCGGCGGAGAUGCCAGGGAUGGUCAGUAAAAAUUCUGAUCUUGAAUUUGACUCUUUGCAGCCCUGUUUCUAUCCAGACGAAGAUGAUUUUUAUUUGUGCGGUCCGGACUCGGCUCCUCCAGGGGAGGAUAUCUGGAAAAAGUUUGAGCUGCUACCUACACCUCCUCUGUCUCCGAGUCCGGCGGGUCUGCAGGAGAACCCCCCAGGAGGAGCCCCCGUGUCCUGGGGAGGAACAGUUCUGGGGGGAUACCGGACCAGCGACCCUCUGGACUGGGCAUCGGAGUUGCUGCUGCUGCCCCCAGAAGCUGAUCUGUGGGACAGCGGCGAUGGAGGGGAUUCCUUUGAGACGGGUUUGGGUGAAAGCAGCAACCUCAAUUCCAUCAUUAUUCAGGACUGUAUGUGGAGCGGCUUUGGGACCAGUGAAAAGCUGGAAAGGGCAGUAACCGAGAAGCCACAGAGUAAAGGAGGAACAGCUGUAGCGCCUGCCACAGCUGGGUCUGCCACCCCCCCAGCUGCCCUCCCCUCCAAAGGCAGCCCUGGAAACAAUAGCGGCAGCCAAGCAGAGCUCAACAACUCCGUGUCUGAGUGCGUGGAUCCCGCCGUGGUUUUCCCUUUCCCCGUUAAGAAGCGAGACCUCCCGGUCCCAGCCUCCUCGGGAGGAGGAGUGGCAGGGGCCCGGGUGAGCGUGAACUGCAGCAGUGGCCUUGCUCAAGGGGUGGCCCUGCCUGCACCCCGAAGCAGCCACCACCCGAGUAUGACUAGUGACAGCCGGGCCAACAACAGUUCAGGAGACGACACACUCAGUGAUUCUGAUGAAGAUGAGGAAGAAGAGGAUGAUGAGGAAGAAAUUGACGUGGUCACAGUGGAAAAGAGGCGCUCCUCCUCCUACAAAGCUAUAACCACCCUGACUGUUGCAAUGCGCCCCAAGAAUGGCGCUCCCUUUGCCUCGGUGAGAACUCAGCCCAACGAAGUCAUCCUAAAGCGCUGUGCCCCCAUUCACCAGCAGCACAACUAUGCUGCGCCUUCGCCCUACAUAGAGAGGGAAGAUGUGCCUCCACCCAAAAAGCUAAAAAACGAAGCACCUCGUCCAGCAAAACCAGUGACCCAACCAAGGCCCAAGAGUUCCAGUCCUCGCAACUCCGAUUCAGAAGACAGCGAGCGUCGACGAAACCACAACAUUUUGGAACGGCAGCGGCGUAACGAUCUGAGGUCAAGUUUUCUGACAUUAAGGGACCACGUGCCCGAACUGGUGAAAAAUGAGAAGGCAGCCAAAGUGGUCAUCUUGAAAAAAGCCACUGAGUAUGUCCAUUCCCUGCAGGCUGAGGAGCACAAGCUGUUGUUGGAAAAGGAAAAACUGCAAAUCAGGCAACAGCAGUUGAUGAAAAAAUUAGAACAUAUGCAGACUUGCUAAUUUGGGGGAGGAAAAAAAACCUUACCUUUAUAUCUAUAUCUAUAUCUAUAUCUAUAUAUUUGUCUGAUCUGGACAACUAUUGCCACUUUGCACAUUUUUGAUUCCUUAAAGAGAGCUAUGUUUUUUUGACGUUAAGAAUGUUGGUUUUAUUUUCAAUCCCAUCUCUUACAUAGAUGACACAACAUUGUUAUCUGAAGGGAGAUCAGAUGGAUGUUCUUCUCUGGAAUUGAAGAGACUGCCAAACCAUGGCGGAAUGGCU